GCCUCAGCCUCAGUGCGGAGUCCUCCGCGGUGUGAGAAGUAGCCGCGGGCAGCCUCAGAAGCAGCAGCGGCAGCAGUAGCGGCGGCGGCGGCGCCUGUGAGAGCCGCAGCCGGGACCACACCCACCUCACUGUCCCUGCCCUCUUUUGCCCUCUGGCCGUCCCGCCGAAGACCAAGUUCCCGGAGGAGAGCGGCCGCCCACGUCUGGAGCAUCCUCCCCUGUUGAGCGGGCACUGACGGACCCGGCGGCAUGAUGCGGAUGCGAGGCUCGGCGAUGCUGCGGGACCUGCUCCUUCGCCCGCCCGCCGACGCCUGCGCGGUUCUGAGGCGGGCGCAGCCCCUCGCCACCCUGUGCCGGCGCCCCCGUGGCGGGGGACAAGCUGGCCAGGCGGCCGCCGCGCGGCUCUACCCAUGGUGGGGCGGGGGCGGCCGGCCGGCGGGACCCCUCGUGAGGGGCCUGUCCAGCUCCCCCUCAGAGAUCCUGCAGGAGCUGGGCAAGGGGGGCACGCCGCAGCAGCAGCAGCAGCCGCAGCAGCAGCCGCCGCCGCCUCCGCAGCAGCCGCAGCCCGGGGCGUCGCCGCCCGCGGCCCCGCCGGCGUCCGGCCCCAAGGACGGCUCGGGGGAGACAGACGGGAUCGGCAACAGCGAGGGCAAGGAGCUGGUGGUUUCAGGCGAAAACAACAUUGAAUUAGGUCUAUUGUCUAGCUUGGAAGAUUUGCUAUUCUAUACAAUCGCAGAAGGACAAGAGAAAAUACCUGUUCAUAAAUUUAUUACAGCACUCAAAUCUACAGGAUUGCGAACGUCUGAUCCCAGGUUGAAAGAGUGUAUGGAUAUGUUAAGAUUAACUCUUCAAACAACAUCAGAUGGUGUCAUGCUAGACAAAGAUCUUUUUAAAAAAUGUGUUCAAAGCAACAUUGUUUUGUUGACACAAGCCUUUAGAAGAAAGUUUGUCAUUCCUGACUUUAUGUCUUUUACUUCACACAUUGAUGAGUUAUAUGAGAGUGCUAAAAAGCAGUCUGGAGGAAAGGUUGCAGAUUAUAUUCCUCAGUUAGCCAAGUUCAGUCCUGAUUUGUGGGGUGUGUCCGUUUGUACAGUAGAUGGACAGAGGCAUUCUAUUGGGGAUACCAAAGUUCCAUUUUGCCUUCAAUCCUGUGUAAAACCUUUGAAAUAUGCCAUUGCUGUUAAUGAUCUUGGAACAGAAUAUGUGCAUCGAUAUGUUGGGAAAGAGCCAAGUGGAUUAAGGUUCAACAAACUGUUCUUAAAUGAAGAUGAUAAACCACACAAUCCUAUGGUAAAUGCUGGAGCAAUUGUUGUGACUUCAUUAAUAAAGCAAGGAGUGAAUAAUGCUGAAAAAUUUGACUAUGUAAUGCAAUUUUUGAAUAAGAUGGCUGGUAAUGAGUAUGUUGGAUUCAGUAAUGCAACGUUUCAGUCUGAAAGAGAAAGUGGAGAUCGAAAUUUUGCAAUAGGAUAUUACUUAAAAGAAAAAAAGUGUUUUCCAGAAGGUACAGACAUGGUUGGUAUAUUAGACUUCUAUUUCCAGCUAUGCUCCAUUGAAGUAACAUGUGAAUCAGCUAGUGUGAUGGCGGCAACACUGGCUAAUGGUGGCUUCUGCCCAAUUACUGGGGAAAGAGUACUGAGUCCUGAAGCAGUUCGAAAUACACUCAGUUUGAUGCAUUCCUGUGGCAUGUAUGAUUUCUCGGGGCAGUUUGCUUUCCAUGUUGGUCUUCCUGCAAAAUCUGGAGUUGCUGGGGGCAUUCUUUUAGUUGUCCCCAAUGUCAUGGGCAUGAUGUGCUGGUCUCCUCCCCUGGACAAGAUGGGCAACAGUGUUAAGGGAAUUCACUUCUGUCACGAUCUUGUUUCUCUGUGUAAUUUCCAUAACUAUGAUAAUUUGAGACACUUUGCAAAAAAACUUGAUCCUCGAAGAGAAGGUGGUGAUCAAAGGCAUUCCUUUGGACCAUUGGACUAUGAAAGUCUCCAACAAGAACUUGCUUUAAAAGAGACAGUAUGGAAAAAAGUGUCACCUGAGUCAAAUGAGGACAUCUCUACAACUGUAGUAUAUAGAAUGGAAAGUCUGGGAGAGAAAAGCUAAAGAAAUGGGUUCUAGUUUCAGAAUGUUCUUCAUUUAACCUUUCAAACAUCUUUAGUUUUCUGGCAUACUAUAUUUAUUUGAAUUUUUUGUGUUCUCAACCUUGGGUGCUGGAGCCAUAAAGCUUUUUUUUCUUUUAAUCUUUGUGUAAAGUUAAUAGAUUAAAAAGUGGAUUUGUCAGUCUUUUAAAAAGUAUUUAUAAGUAAAUAAAGCAAAUUUGCUUUAUUUUAAAAAAAAUGAAAGGAGAAAUUUGUUAAAAAUUUUUCUUGGUGUAAUUAAAAUUUUAACUAUAUAGGCAGUAAGAUAAUCCCAUUUUAACAUAGUAACAAAUUUGUAAUUUCUUGGUUCUGAAACCUACACACUGAACUCAUAAAUUUCAUCCAUUUUGUUUUUUCCACUUUUAAAACUGACAUGAUGUCUCUAGUAGCAAUAGAGCUAAAUACAAAAAUAAAAAGACUUAAUAAUAAAUUCCAAAUUAUUUAAUAUAGCAGUAGAUUAUAAAAUUAGCUUAAGAUAUUAUGCUAUUUUUAGUAAUAGAUUGGCUUUAACUUUUUUUUCGGCUUUAAAGUUUUAAAAAUUUAUUUAAAAUUUUAUCAAACACUUUAAAAUGUCUUUGCGUUUUCACUUUGCAUCUCCUUUGUUCUGUCAGAAUUGUCAUGUACAGGAGUGUCUUAUGUUAUUAAAGCAUUCCAGCCAAAGAAUUUCAGAUGUAAUAUGACAUGUUUCAUUGUUAAAAAGCUAUAAUGGUUACUCAGAAGGAGCAACAGGGAGUGUCUUCAAGUGAAAUGUUUACCUGAACAAUUUUAUUUUCGUAAUAUCCACGUAACUUUUUCCAUGUUAUAUUUAAAUAUGAAUGGUGAAUCUUGGUUUUUAGCUUUUAAUAAUUUCACAAAUGCUAAUGAAUCUUCUAUGAUAAAUUAUAAUAACAUCUCAUAAAGUUUGUUUUAUUUGAAUUCUUUUAGAGUAUUUAGGAAAUGAAUUCAGUCUGAAGGUAGUUAGUAUGCUACUAAAAUGCCUGUUAGAUCUGAAUCCUUUUGUUUGGUUAUAUAAAUGCAAUAUUGAGAAUCAAAACUUGUUUUUAAGAAAAGGACUAUAGGUUCUACACAACCUAAUUUCAAAUAAUUCACAAUGUUUAAAGUCAGUCUUGGCAAAGUGAUUGUAAAAUUGUGUAGGACCUAUUCACACUUCUUCCUUCCUCUGUAUACUUCUCUGGUUCUCCCCACAGUUCCCCCACAGCUUCAAGAUUUUGGAGGGCAGGGGUGAGGUCAGAAGGAGAACUUGAUAGUUUCUUAGUAUCAUGGCAUACAUGUGGUAGGGUAAAGUCUAUAAAAGUAAUUGUAGUGCAGCAAAAAGUUUUUUCCUGGAUGAUUUAGAUGCUAGUGCAAAUACAGAUAUAGAAAGUCUUGAUUAUAUGAGUUUGGGAACUAUGAUAUUAGGAAAAGAAGUUCCUUUCCAAACUUGGUCAAAAGUCUUUUGGCCUAACUGAAGUAUUAAACAUAUAUUUAAAUAAUUAUAUGUUAGGUUUUAGAGGAUAUUACCAAGGAUUUUAUGGCUAAUUCAGUGUUCCUCUGAUGUACAGAUGCAUAUCCUAACUGGAUGCUUCUGGUUUGGCCAUUUAUGUGAGAAUGGUGUGGCUGAAGGCCUUACCUCUGCUACGCCUUUGAACAGUGUCAUUCGAAUUAGUUUCACAGAGGUAUUGUGCUUUGCGGAACUGAAUGUCUAAAUUUAUAGUUUGCAAAACAGGCUUUAUUUUUUCCCCCCUGUGCUCUAAUUGUUAUAUUUUACUGUUUCAUUUGGAGGUAGGUUUUACUUUAUAAAAUGGAAACUUAAUGUUUCAUAUUGUGUCCAUAUUUGUAUAGAUUUCAAAAUUAUGUUAAUUUGUGCCACUUACUAUGUUUGUAAGGCUUAAAUACACACUUACCAAUGGAGUAGGGUUACCUAAGCUACUUUGUUUAUAGAAUCUUGUUAAGGAUGAGCAUCCAGAAAUUUUUGUAGCAAGGUAUAAAUGGAAGAAGAGGGAAGAUACUGUGAAUAGGCCCCCAAACUUUAUUUAAAAAUAAAAAAAAAGGAAAACCUUUGCCGGAUUUAAAGACAUUAUUUUGAUUCUUUCAGUAUUUUAAAUACCUUUUCAAAUAAAAUUCUUGAAAAGUACCCAGUAUUUUUGGAUUUAAUGUUUUUUGCCAUUACUGAUUCUUGAUAUUCAAGCAUUUUGAAGUUAGCAUAUUUGUUUUUCUUUUUUUUCCAUCAUUAACAUUUCAUUUGAAAUGCAUAUCCUUUCUGAAAUACUUUAUUUUUAGCAUAAAUGUUAUGUAUUUUAUCUUAGUGUUUGGAUUAAACCAUUUGUGUUAUUUAGCUUUCUUUUAUUUGCUUUGUAUAUUAAUGUACCUUUUAUUUUCCAGUAUACCUACUUUUUGUAUUGUACAAUAAAUUUAUUUUAAGCUGA